GUGGGUCACUUAGAAAAUGAAAUGUUAAGCUCAUAUGAACAGAGGAAGACUGUUUGCUGUGCUGUAAUCCUUGCAUUUAUAACUACAAGUGAUUGCUUGGGACAGGACCCAUGCAGGGACUCUUUACUUAAAAUGCAUCUGUCAACAGCGUUUUCACACAUAUUUACAAAAAAAACAUUUAACAUCAGAAAAAACAUUAAGAGCUAUGUUUUACUUAUAACGUUCCAGUUGAGAAACAGUGUUUUGCAUGAUGCGGUCAGUGGACUGCCAUAGAGAUGACACAUAAAAAGCAAGACUAUUGAGGAGAUCUUUAAUAUUGUUAAACCAAUUAGUAUUUGGGUGUUUAUAAUUUAACAAAGUAAAAGGAGGCACCUGUCAAUCACUGUGCGUAAUAUUAAGUAAUAUCAAUUCAAUAUCAUGUACUGUACAACUUAAAUGGGCUUAAUGCAGAGCAGUCUUACCCCACCUAUUUUCACCCUGUCUGCCAGCAGGAACACACUCUCUGUUGUACUUCUGCACUACUGUGUCUAUAGAUAUUAACCUUCCAGAGGUCACAGUGGUUGGAACGGUCGAUGGUCAGCAGUUCAUGUAGUUUGACACCAACACAAUGAAAGCUGUGCCGAAGACAGAGUUGAUGAGAUCGUAUGGAGAAGAUUACUGGAACACACAGACUCAUGUUAUCAUUGGUUACUAUCAGGAGUAUAAAAAUUCCAACAAUUUUAAGGACCUGAGGCUAUUCAACCAUUCUAUGUCUGAUGUUCACACAGUUCAGAUGACAUACGGCUGUGAGCUGGAGGAUGAUGGUACCAAUCGAGGAUACUACGAGUUUGGUUAUGAUGGAGAUGAUUUCAUCCGUUUUGAUAAAAACACACUCACCUGGACUGCUGGUGAAACUUAUCCUCAAGCUGUCAUCAUCAAGAACCAAUGGGAGGCUGAUAGAGAUCAAGCAGAAAAGAUGAAGGCAAAUCUGGAGAACCCAUGCAUUUGGUGGCUGAAGGACUUUGCAAGCCACAUGAACAUUCAGCGAGAUGCACCUGAAGUCUCUUUACUGCAGAAGAACUCCUCGUCUCCAGUUAUCUGUCACGCUACAAGUUUCUACCCCAAAAACAUCAUGAUGACCUGGAAGAAAAACAAUGAGGAUCAUAAUGAGGAUGUGGAGGUCAGUGAAACUUUGCCAAAUGCAGAUGGAACGUUCCAGAAGAGCAUCAGUCUCUCAGUGAAGUCUGAGGAGUGGAAGAAGAAUCCAGAUGUCUACAGAUGUGUGAUUCAACAUGUGGGAGCAGAGAAAGAGAUUGUUGUCACUCUCAAUGAAAACAACAUCAAGUCUAACACAGCUUCUGACAACUUUAUUGUGAAAUGUUUGGUGUCCAUCACCGUUGCAGUUGUUGUUGGAUGCGUGUUGGCAUUCACUGUCUUUGCUGUUAAAAAGAGGCUCAUUGUGUGCAGAAAGUGCAGAGAGUUUAAGAGAUCAAAUGCAACAGACUCUAUGAGGGACAGCACAGCAGAGAUCGACAUAGAAAUGACGGAUGAACCACAACAUGUUAAAUCAAAAUUGCUUUGUUUUUUUUAGAUGUAGAUCUUUUCUGUGCAUGUUGCCAGCAUUUUUUCAGAGCUUAAGAUAUAAAUAGGCUGAUGUAAAUGAGUAGUUUUUUCUUCAAACAUACGUCCUAUGCUGUCACAGCACAAAUGUAGAAACAAACUAAAGAUAAAGAUAAAUCUUUACCUCUUUUCUGAUGUCAACCUGUAACUAAUUUAGCAUUUUAUUAGAAACAAGUUAUGUCUCUAUUGAAUAGUAUGGUGUCUGGAUUUGUGUGUGAGAGAGAGGGCGCAGCCUUUCCUUCCCCAUUUUUUGUCCUUGGCCGAUCACAUGCCUGAUAGUUGUGACCAGUUUUCAACCGUUGUACAUCCAAAAACAAUAUACCAGACAGUUUUUUUGUCAAGUAGAAAAGGGCUUAAAAUGCUCUGAGCAAACACUUCUUUUUUGGAUCUGGCAAAUGAUGGCAUAUAAUAAGGGUAUGCAUGUAAAUCUUAAAGGGAGUAAAUUAAAGCCUUACUUUAAACUAAA